CUCAAAGUAAAAAAAAAAUAAAAAAAUAAUCUUGUUCAUUUAUAUUUCCCGGGAAAAUUAACUGACAGCAACAGCUACGGUAGGAAAGUUUUGAUACAUAUUAUACAACGUUUCUAUGGUCAAAAAUCAAUCAUCCAUAAUUCGUCUUUAUUGCCAUUUAACUACAUUGAUUUUUCCCGGGUCACCAUCAAGCUGUUCAACCCGACCCGUUUUUGCAUAUAGUGCAAUUUCUUGGUCCUCAAAUUACUCAUUGUUGUCGUAUAUCUCCGGUUAGUUCUGGUGAAUUUUCCGACGAAGGGGAGAUGACGGAAAGUAGUAGUUCUUACUCUGUUGGCCCUUUGCUUCUGAGAAACUUAUUGACGUCGGCGUUUAUUUUUGCCGAUAAGCCGUUUAUUGUUUUAGCAGAAAGAUACAAACUUCUUGAAACGUUACGUUAUUUUCUUGUUUCUGUUUUUCUGUUUUUUCUUCGUCUUUUGCCUUUGUUGUUUCCUUCUUUGAAUUGUUCGGGAGAAAAUUUGAAGGGGAAAAAGGGGAAGGGGGAGAUUUAUACUCCGGUUGGUGUGAGUGGUGGUGUAGAGUCGGGGAUAUCGAGGGCGUUGACGCAGGUUUUGUCGAUUGUGAAUGAUAUUCCGGUGAGUUCGAGGAAGUAUGAGGUGGUGAGGUCAUUGGCUGAGAGGUUAAUUGACGAGAAUUUAUUGGAGGGAAAUGAAGCUUUGAGGGAAGUGAAUUGUACGGCUUUGUCGGCGGCGUUUACGCGUACGCUUAGCCAGCUGGAAUCGGCUAUGGUGGCGGAGGCGGAGGAAGGUGGAGGUGUUGGUGGAGUUUUGGGUGGUAGAGGCGGAGAUUAUAUUGGUAAGUUGAGCCGUGGAUUGAGGGCGAUUAGGUAUUAUGGUGAUGUAGUGUGGCAGCGGGGAAGGGCGAGGAACCAGAUGAGUCAAUUUGGGUGCUCGGCUGAGAAGCUGGUGGCGGAGUUGUUGUGGCUUGCUCAGAAGAUGGUAGCUUGUGGUUGUGUUGAUGAAGCUGUUUGUAUGUGGGCUUCAGCUUCACAUGUGGCUUGGCUUGCUCUUUCUGCUGAACCGCGGCUUCAGGGAUCUCUUGUUAAGGUUUCAGCGUUCUUAUUUAAACAAUCCAGAGAAAUAGGAGAAGACACAGAGGAUGAAGAAAGUACAAAAGAGCAUCUCAGGCGGACAAACAUGAAUAUGCUGAUGUCAUGGCUACCAUUGCUAUGUCGAGCAAGCAAUGGUACAGACACUCCAGUCCUGAGUAUCAGUGAAAGGGCUGAGCUUGAAAGAAUAUUAGAACAGAUCAUAGGGACAUUGGAACAAGAAGAGGAGCAAGAAAAGGUGUUGUCCCUUUGGCUUCACCAUUUCACCUAUUGCCCUUCUUCUGACUGGCCCAACCUCCACGAUUGCUACACUCGCUGGUGUAAAGCUUCUCGUAAGCUCUUGCUUCACUGAAUUUUUCACGAAAAACCUUUGGGUUAGAUUGAUUAUAAAAACUUUGGAGUCCCAUCUUUCUGGCAAGAAAGGAGUCUCUAAUGGGAAGUGGAGGAAAAUAUUAUACUGGUGUGUUAGUUCCUCUACCACCCCAUCAUUUUCUGUAGGUUUUGCCUCAGCAGGAAAUGCCUAUGAAGGUUCAAAAAGUGUAUCAUUUAGCUAUGUCUUGUAAUUAUUUUUCCUCUAGCUCAAUUUUAAGCCAAAGCAUGCUUACGUUGCAUAUGCACGUUUGAUAAGUAUUUAUUAAGUGCUUCAAUAUACAGCAGAUUGAGCAGACUAGUUUACUUAAUUUCAGGCCUCAAAUGUUCUUUCCUGCA